GUCUUCACAGAUUAACACCUCGGAAACUCAAGAAAGCAAAGUCAAGCAUAAUGUUGCAUAAAAGAAUACGUCUUACCUCGCCAACCUUGACUUCUUCAGCAAAAGAAAUGAAGGAUAUUUUACCAAAUAUUCCAGGUAUCUUCAUCAAACCAUUCUCUUGUAGUAACAACCUCUGUCUCACACACCAUGUUGCCUGCCAAGUAUCGACCAGUAUUUUACUGUUGGCCAACUUUCAAGCAAAUUUAUUUGUUCAUGCAUUUGUGAGGAGAAGUGCACAGAGCAACUGCUUGGAUACCAUCAACCGCGUGAUCUUAAAAAGGAAGCGUCGUCUUCUGUUUGAAGUGACUGCUGACAGAUUGGUGAAGCAUGGUAAAGAAGUAGACAUCUCUAACAGAACUGAAAUCAACCUUAAUCUGAAGAAUUUCCUGUCGAUGAAAGUGUUCAAGACAAAGAAGACGGCAUUUUCUGAAACCUUUCUCUCGCUUCACUUUACCACUCUGAAGAAGAUAACAAGAGCAAGAGGCAUUCUGAAAAAAUAUAUUGCCAAAUCUGCCUGUCCACAUGACGUGAAGAAUGUUUUACCAAAGUUCAGAGUGAACACCAAUAAUCCAGAACUUAACCAAUGUUACUUCACAACUUAAUUACUUUUGCUUUGACUCUCCAGAAAUAUUUCAUCUACAUAUUUGAGGAACAAAUAAACUUGUGUGCAAAACGUCAACAAAAUAGAAGACAUUUUGUUUUUAUUUGUCCUAAUUUUUAAAGUGAGUACUGCCUAAAUAAUCAAAUAUCCUCAAAUUAUUUUCGUAACCUUCAUAAAUAAAAUACAUUAAUCCAU